AUGAACCGCGGAACAGUCGCCAUCGCUGUCGUGCAACACCAAGUUAUGAUCAUACAGAUUACACAAAGUACUGCCUCAGGCCAACCCCACCAUCGUCGUGAUCGAUGGUUAGAUGUAUACACUUAUGCGCCUUUUGGCGACCACCUGUUCUUGGCUUCGUCCGUCCCUCAGGCGCGCAUCGCCGCCUCAGACCUUCUUACCGUCUUCCCGUUUCGCACCACCACCACAGACAUGAUUGAAUUGCCUGCACAGGCGUAUCAGGAAUUCCUGCAGCUCCAAGCCAAGCAUCAGAAGAAACAGGAGAAUUUGUGGCGUGCCUGGAAAGCCAAAUCGCGCUAA